AUGCAGCCGAAAAAGACCAUCAUUGCAGCCCUGUCGCUCGCCACCGCCGCCACCGCCGGUCCGAUAGGAUACGGUAUUUGCCAAGCAGGCUGCGCGGCAGUGGUGACUGCUUGCUACGCUGGGGCUGGCUUCACAUUUGGCACGGUUUCGCCCGGGCGGCCUGGGAGGGACUCGACUCGACUCGACUCGACUCGACUUCUACGACUCAUCAGCUCAGGCUACGUUGGCAAAGACACACUAUCUCUCUGGGAAUCAGACAUCAGGAGUUGCGAGUCUGAUAGUGGAAAUUUUUCAUGGGAGAACAAGAUGUCUUUUUUUUUGGAGGGGGGAGGGGAAUGCAGAUGUGGAUGA